AUGCUACCUUUACAGCAUCCGUCACCACAUGGCUGUCCCCGGCACCACCGAGGAUUCGCCACGGAAGACCUGAAGGUCAACACUCCCUUCUCGACAGCCAAGAAGUCCACGGGAUUCCUGGCCCACGAGAAUCCUUAUGCCAGCGGUGAUUCAAGGGCUAGAAAUACCACAAGCCAGUCUCUUGCCCGCCUCCAGAAGCAUAUGGAUUCACGCCAAUUCCCAUACCCUCCUCGACCACCAACACCAGGUCCUGGACCACGGGGUCCCGGCCCGUUGGGUCCUCCACGACCCCCGGUGCCAACUCCACCUCCCAGCCCACGUCGAUCGGAUCAUGUCGACUCAAUGGGUGCAGAGCAGUCCCAAGCCAUCAAGCUCUACAUGUCCAUGUGGAUCGCCGUAGACGGCAUAAAAAGCUAUUUUCUCCGAGGCAGCUACGACAACUCGUCCGAGUCCAUGUACCCGUUACCUAAUCACGGCUCCAUGCCACUUUACCUCUGA